GCGGAUUUUUAACUAAUUUUGGGGAAACUGAGAAAAGAUUAAGAGAAUUACAAAAAUUAAAUUUUUUUGUCAAAAAGGAUAUUUUUAAAAGUCUGACUAAAAAAGAACAAGCGAAAUACGAAGAAAGGAGAGCCGAAUUACAAAGCAUUUACGAAGGAGUGUCUAAUUUAAGAGGUAAACCCGAUGUUUUGUUUAUUAUCGGUCUCAACAAGGAAAAGACGGCUUAUUCUGAGGCUAUAAAAACCAAAACUCCCGUCAUUGCGGUUUGUAAUAGUAAUUGUGAUCCUAAAUUAGUAGAUUAUGUUAUCCUGGGUAAUGACGAAAAGAGUGAGUCCAUUAACUUUUUUGCCAGUUUAGUGGCGGAUGCUAUUAUCCAAGCCAAAGAUAAAGCAAAAUUAGUGUCUGAAAAUAAGCCACAGUAA